AUGGCGACUGCGACCGAGGCAAACGCGUUGGGGUACAAUUUGAAGGUGGAUUAUGUGAUACACUACAGCUUCGGUGAUUCAGACCAGGCGCAGGCCAUCGCACAGCUUGAGAAGCUGCUUCGGACCCUUGCCAAUGUCGGAUUGCAAUCUGAGGUCCGCCAGGGCGAUGAGGCGUCGCUGCUCGUCUUCGUUCGAGCUUCGAAGAGGCGGCUCAACCGGGCGGUGUAUCGGUCGCGGGUACGCGACUGGCUCUAUGGUAUUCGAAAUGCAGAACCGGAGCCAGCGAGCUCUAUCGAACCUCAGAACGAAGCGGAGCGACUGCGGGUGAUCAACCAUAUGAUCACACUCCCCUCCGAAGAGGGCGGUGCCGGCAUCACUCCGAACCACGGUGAAUGGAAGAAUAUUACUGGGCUCCUACCGCUGCACGACGAGGAGACCAACAAGAAAUGGCUACACGAAUGGAGCCAGAAGACUUUCCUCUCGGAAGAAGACUUGGAUCAAAUUCGGGACAAGUUCGGGGAGAGCGUGGGAUUCUACUUUUCCUUCCUCCAGUGCUACUUCCGGUUCCUGAUCUUCCCGGCUGUAUUUGGAUUCUCGUGUUGGUUCCUCCUUGGAGGCUAUUCGAUUGUGUAUACCUUGGUUAAUUCGUUGUGGGGCAUUGUCUUUGUCGAGUACUGGAAGAGGAAGGAGGUGGACUUGAGCUGCCGCUGGCAGACCAAGGGUAUUUCAGCGGUACGGACGAAUCGGCGCGAGUUCAAGCCUGAGAAAGAGGUUCGCGAUGAAGGUACUGGGGAGAUGCGGGGUGUAUUCCCUGCGACGAAGCGCAUGCAGCGCCAGCUUCUUCAGAUUCCAUUUGCGCUGGUCUCUGCUAUUGGGUUGGGAGUCAUCAUUGCAACUUGCUUUGCGAUUGAAAUCUUCAUCGCUGAGCUGUAUGAUGGCCCUUUGAAGAGCUACCUGAUCUUUAUCCCGACCAUUCUUGUCUCUGCGCUGGUGCCCACUAUGAGCGCGGUCCUAAUGUCCAUUGCAACCAAGCUCAACGACUACGAGAACCACGAGACCAACGAUGCUUAUGACACUGCACUGACCCGGAAGGUCUUCGUGAUCAAUUUCAUCACUUCCUAUCUGCCAAUCCUCCUGACGGCAUUUGUCUAUGUGCCGUUUGCCAGUCACAUUGUCCCUUAUCUGGACAUCUUCCGCCUGACUGUCCGGCCCUUUGUGUCUAAGGAGCAUGCUACUGCCGAUUGCUCAUCGUUCAAGAUUGAUCCUCAUCGUCUGAGGAACCAAGUCAUCUAUUUUACCGUCACCGCCCAGAUUGUUGGAUUCGCCAUGGAGACGAUCGUGCCAUACAUCAAGCAGCACGCGCUUCGGGAAUACAAAGAGUACAACAAGAAGCGGAACGGCAAGUCGGAUAAGGAUUCUCCUGAACGUUCACCCAUCAUGGCCUACGACGACCCAGUCGAAGAGAAGGAAUUCUUGAAGCGCAUUCGCAACGAGGUCGAGCUUCCCGUGUACGAAGUAACCGAUGAUCUGCGCGAAAUGUGCAUUCAGUUUGGUUACCUCGCGCUCUUCUCACCCACAUGGCCUCUUGUCCCGCUAUCAUUCUUCAUCAACAACUGGAUCGAGCUGCGGUCCGAUUUCUUCAAGAUCUGCAAGGAAUUCCAGCGACCCACGCCACUCCGAUGCGAUACUAUCGGCCCCUGGCUAGACACUCUCGGUUUCCUGUCUUGGGUGGGCAGCAUCACCAGCGCUGCGUUGCUCUACAUGUUCAGCGGAGAUUCUCAGACCGGCCCCAACGGACAGCCCACUGACAUUAAAGGAUGGGCAUUGCUUUUGGUUAUCUUCUUCUCGGAACAUCUCUACCUGAUUAUCCGCUACGCCGUGCAGACAGCCAUGAACCGACUCGAGCCUCCAAACGCGCGCAAGGAGCGUGGUGAGCGGUACCUCAUGCGCAAGCGCUACCUCGAAUCCACUCUCCAGGCUGAAGCCAAUGAAGAACCCGCGGAAAAGGAUCCCGUGUCGGAGACGCCGUCUGAGCUUACUCGCACCGCUCUCGAGGAGGACGCCCGUCGCAACUCUGGGCACUCGGCGGAUCCAGCGGAGAGAUUCUGGAUGCGUCAGCGUGGCUGGUCUGAGUCAGCGAAGGUGGGAACGGGCAUUAUUCUGGCUCAGACCAGCAAGGGAGAUAAUGCCAAGAAGCAGCAGUAG